CUUUUUUUUUUCUUUAUAUUCAGUUAUUGGCCUGGAAUUAUAAUUCUCUGCUGUAUUUUUUGUUUGUUUCAAAGUAGAAACUAGAAAGAGAGGAAAAAUAAUAGAUAUUUCAUGGUCUUCCAAGUUCAUGCCUGGAAAACUUGAACGGCUCCAAGUUCUGCUUCUAUGCUUGAUCGAUAACAUUAACCACAAUUUGAAGAGAAUUAUGAGUUGUAGCUGCUUUGGCUCUUCAGCUUUAGUGAAGAAAAGGCGGUCUGGUCAAGCUCAUGAUGACAUAGAUGGUGAUUUGCUGGAAAGUAUAAAACAUUUCUCCUACAAUGAGCUAAGAGCAGCAACGGAUGAUUUCCAUACAAGGAAUAAACUAGGGCGUGGAGGCUUUGGAACUGUUUACAUGGGAACCCUUAAAAAGGGAGUACAAGUUGCUGUAAAGACACUUUCAGCUCAGUCAAAGCAGGGUGUUCGUGAGUUCUUGACCGAAAUUAAGACUAUAUCAAAUGUCAGGCAUCCCAAUCUUGUUGAGUUGAUUGGUUGCUGUAUUGAUGGGGCUAACCGGAUUUUGGUCUACGAGUAUUUAGAAAAUAAUAGCCUUGAGCGCGCACUGUUAAGUUCAAGGAGUACAUGUAUCAUGCUAGACUGGGGUAAAAGAUCUACUAUUUGCUUGGGCGUUGCUAGGGGUCUUGCAUAUCUUCAUGAAGAACUUGAGCCGCAUAUUGUGCAUCGCGACAUCAAAGCUAGUAACAUACUUCUUGACACGGACUUAAAUCCAAAGAUUGGAGACUUUGGGUUGGCUAGACUUUUCCCGGAUAAUAUUACCCACAUUAGCACAAAAAUUGCUGGAACAACUGGUUAUUUGGCGCCAGAAUAUGCCAUGGGUGGUCAGUUAACUUUGAAGGCUGAUGUGUACAGUUUUGGCGUUCUAAUACUCGAAAUAAUCAGUGGCAGAAGCAGUUCCAAGGAGAACUGGGGAGGGACGCAGCAACUUCUUGUGGAAUAUGCAUGGCAACUCCAUGAAGAAGGGAGACUCUUGGAGCUAGUAGAUCCCCAGAUGGCCGAGUUUCCAAACGAAGAAGUCCUUAGAUUUAUCAAGGUAGCAUUCUUCUGCACCCAGGCGGCUUCCAAUCGGAGGCCGCUGAUGAGCCAAGUUGUGAACAUGCUCUCGAGAAACAUCCGGCUCAAUGAGAAAGAACUUACAGCCCCUGGCUACUUUCAAGAUUCAAGGAACGGCGCAUCUUCUUCAAAGAAAACCGGUUUGACUAGCGUUGAGAUGAGCUCUGUCCCCGUCACUAUAACUCAGGUGACCCCUCGAUAAUGGAGGGCUGAAGUUGCUGAUUCAUUUCAGGAAUGAGGAAUUUGCAGCUGAGUUCUUCUGGUCUACAGAUGCGGAAUCAUCCGCAGUGCUAGAGUAAAACAUUCCAAGAGAUGGCUUUUAGUUUGAUCAUACAUAGCUCAUCUAGAGAGUAGUUUGUGCAGUAGCAGAUUAUGUUUCAAACAACAAUUUUGUAAUGUUCUUUGCAUGAUGGAAAAAUUAUUUUUGUCAUAGUAUAUUAUGUACUUCGCAAGAAUUAUAAAGAAAAGUGAUGCAACUAUAAUUUAUACUAACAAAUUUGUCAUGUUCUUUG